GUCACGCGCCCCGGCUGCUGGUUCUGCUGCGGUUCCGGACCGGACGGAACACCUCGCAUUGAGGGACUUUUUCUUUCUUUUAAAAAUUUAAUUUGAAUGUUUAAAUUCUCGGGAGAGUUUUGCUGCAGCGUGCGGAGCAGCGAGCGGGCGGAGUGAAACGAGGACGCGUCUCCGCAGCAUUCCAGCCCCGGAGCGCAGCGCAGGAGUCCGACCCGGUGCGCGCCGUCGCUCCGCUCCUUCUCCGACCUGUUCUGCUCGUUUGUUCAGGAUACCGGUGAUGCACGAGAGGAGCGCUUUAAUCUGAGCUAGACACACGAACGCACAUCGCGGUUUCUCCUCCUGAUCUGGAUUUAAAGCCCGCUUCGGCUCGGACCAUGAGCGGAUGGUGGAUAUUUAUCAGCGCGCUGGUUGGGAUCCUCGUAGCCCCCAGUGGGACACAUGGAGCUUGUGUCUACGAAGGAUCGCUGUACGCGAACAACACAUCGUGGAGACCGCAGUCGUGUCGGGAGUGCGCCUGCUUCAGUGACGUGGCCAUCUGCAGACCCGUCCUCUGCCCCAACCCCCAGUGUGACUUCCAGAGGGGUGAGCAUUUGAGGAUCCCUGCCAACAAGUGCUGUCCAGAGUGCAUCGCCUCGCCUCAGGGCUCCUGCCAGUACGAAGGGGUUACCUACGGACAUGACAGCCAGUGGAGUCCCUCGGCCUGCUCCUUGUGUGUUUGCUCCAAAGGUAGCGUGACCUGCAGCACCCGGCCAUGCCCCCCUCUCACCUGUUCAGGGGAUCAGAACUCCUUCAUCCCAGCUGGGGAAUGCUGCCCCAAGUGUGGCCGAAGCGGAGAUUCCUGCUCCUGGCAGGGGGUUGUCUACAGGGAUGGAGAGGAGUGGAGCCCCAGCCUUUGUUCCCGAUGCUUCUGCACCAGUGGGAGAGUCCAGUGUUCGGUGGUGGAGUGUCGGCAAGUGGCCUGCAAACCACAUGAGAACUUGGUGAUCCAGCCGGGCCACUGCUGUCCACAGUGUGUGUCCAACCCCUGUCUGUCUGCUGGAAAACAGUACCAGCAUGGUGAGCAGUGGCAGAAGAACGCCUGCACCACAUGUGUGUGUGACAGAGGUCAGUCUAAAUGCCACACAAGCACCUGUCUGCCAGUCAUCUGUGACAAGGGUGAGACCAAAGUUAAGCGCGUCGGUGAGUGCUGUGAUGAAUGUGUUCCGGCCAAAGGAAGCUGCUUGUACCAGGAUGUUGUUCGUUACCAUGGAGACAUGUGGAACGGCACGGGCUGCGAGUUCUGUACAUGUAACCGGGGUCAGGUCCUCUGCCGGAAGGCUGAGUGUGGACGUGUUGAAUGCCUGCAGGAAUCAGACCUCGUUCACCUGCCGGGGAAGUGCUGCCCAGAGUGUUCGUCUCUGAAGCCCACCUGUGUGUAUGAGGGGAAAUCCUACAAGAACUUGGCUCGUUGGAGUGAUGGCAGCUGUCGACAGUGCGAGUGCCAGGAUGCCCAGGUGACUUGUUACCUGAGCUCCUGCCCCUCUUGCCCUCCGGGCUCCAUGGCUGUGAUCCAGGAAGGCCAGUGUUGCCCUGAGUGUCGUCCGGCUCAGUGCCAUGCAGACUGCCUGUCGUGUUUGGGAAGUCCUGACCACUGUGAGAGCUGCGGAGACCCGAAAGCUUUCCUCCAUCUCGGCCGUUGCGUGUCCAUCUGUCCAUCUGGCUUCUACGCCGAAGGACAAGUGUGUGAAGCCUGCCCGCCAUCCUGCGCCACCUGCUCCAGCCGGUGGGACUGCCAGUCCUGUGGCUCCCAGCUGCCCUUCCUGAGCCCCGACGGCAGCCGCUGUCUGGCUACCUGUCCGCCUGCUUCCUACCAGCAUGACCACACACACUGCCGCCGUUGUCACGAGUCAUGCUCCGAGUGCCGUGGUCCGAGUCAACAGGAGUGUGUGUCGUGUUCAGAUCCAGCUGCCUUGCUCAAAGACGGGGUGUGUGUGACGGACUGUGGCGCCGGGUACUACAGCCAAGAAGACGUCUGCCAUGCCUGUGAUUCAUCCUGCGCCUCCUGUUUCCCUGACAACCCCAAAUGUAUGGACUGCCUCCAGGGCACUGCCUUGCAUCAUGGGGAAUGUGUCACCCAGUGUCCAACUCAGCAUUACCUGGACAACCACAGCAGAUGUAGAGCCUGUCACAGCUCCUGCAGCUCAUGCUGGGGUCCUUCAGUAUCCCAGUGCACCAUGUGUCCAGAUGGGCUCCUUCUCCACCAGGGCCAGUGUGUGGAGGCCUGCGGGGAGGGACUGUACUCCCAGGACGGCACCUGCCACAAUUGUCAUCCCUCCUGCCGUUCAUGUGUGGGACCCCUAGCGUCAGACUGCCUCCGCUGCCUUAAACCAGAGGAGGUUCUCCUGCCGCAGUCCAGGCACCUUCAGCAUGGCAUUUGCACGGCUGCAUGUGCUGCACGUAGCUUCCUGGAUGACAGGCAGACAUGUAAAGAGUGUCAUCCCUCCUGCCAGCACUGUACUGGACCGUCUGCAGACAACUGCACGUCCUGUCUGUCCCCGUCCAGCUUGUACGAAGGCCGCUGUGUCCCCACCUGCCCGCAAGACUUCUUCAGCCAGGACAACCAAUGCCAAGCAUGCCAUCCAUCCUGCCAGACGUGCUCUGGUCCCUCCCAGGCCGACUGCACCUCCUGCAGCCCGUUGGCCUUCCUGCAGAAUGGCUACUGCAGGACGAGCUGCCAAGACGGGCUUUUCCUCAACUCUGCCUCUGGAGAGUGUCUCAAGUGCAGCUCCGACUGCCAGCGCUGCACCGCAGACAUCCAGACGGGCAUCGGCAGCGUUUGUCUGUGGUGUAAAGCUCCGAGGACCUGGCUGCUGGGCGAUCACUGUGUCUCUCACUGUCCUCCAGGCCGUUACAGCUGGCAUGGAGCCUGCAUCAAAUGCCAUGCAUCCUGUGAGACCUGCAGUGGGGCGGGGCCUCUCUCUUGUACGUCUUGCCCAGCCAACAGUGUGCUUUGGCCCUCUGGUUUUUGUGCUCCAAAGUGUCCCCUUGGUUACUAUGGCAACAGACAUCGGAUCUGUCAGGCGUGUGACAGCCAGUGCCUGACAUGUGACUCCCCUGGGGUUUGUACAUCCUGUCGUGACCCGGCCAAGGUGCUGCUGUUCGGAGAAUGUCAGUACGACAGCUGCGCCCAUCAGUACUACCUCAACACCACCACCCGCGCCUGCAGAGAGUGUGACUGGAGCUGCAACGCCUGUCGAGGCCCUCAGCGAACGGACUGCCUGCAGUGCAUGGAGGGAUACGUGCUGCAGGACGGCGUGUGCAGGCAGGGGUGCUCCCUCGGCUCUUACCUGGAUGGAGACAGAUGCCUCGGCUGCGACGAUCACUGCUCGGAGUGUCGGGGUCCUGGACUGUGCCUGGAGUGCCAGCCUCCUUACGCCACUCUGCAGGGACAGUGCAUGCUCGAAUGUGGCAGAAACUUUUACCUGGAUGCUUCUUCAAGAAUCUGCACGUCGUGCUCAUCCGACUGUGUGCUGUGUGAGGGGGUGGGGCUCUGCAAAGCCUGUCGGGAUCAAACCUACCUCAUGGAAGGCUACUGCACGCCCGACUGUGGACACGGAUAUUAUGCAGAUCAGAAGACCAGAACCUGCCAUGUGAACACCCACGCUCCCACGCUCCACGUCAACGGUUCCCUGCUGGUUCCCCUCGGUGGGGUCGCCCCCCUGCAGCCCACCCUGCUGCAGGUGAAGGACCCGGACGGUCCUUCCCAGUGGCCGGUCUUCCAGCUCGUUCAUGGGCCGAGUAACGGACAGCUGGUCCUGCUCCCAGAGGAGGGUGGAGAGAACCGGGGAAGACGAGAACUCAGCGAUGACGACACCUUCACGUGGGAGGAGCUGAGGCUGGCCCGGGUCCGAUUCAUACACCAGAGAGAUAAAGCCAGGACCGGUGAAUUCACCUUGCGUGCUGCUGACCCACAGCUGUUUUCUCAACCAGCAACAAUUCCAGUUCAAGCCGUUUCAAUGCAGCCUCCUAGAGUGGUGACCCUCGCUCCUUUACCCGUGGAGGGCCGUGGCAGCCUGGCAACCAUCACCAAGUCCACCCUGAAUGUUGAUGACCCUGACAACCCAGCCGAUGUUCUGGUCAUGGUCCUUGAACCACCCCGCCAUGGCCGGCUGACCCGUCUCCAUGGUGACCGUGCACUGAGCAGAUUCAAGCUGGAGGAGCUGUCACGGGAACAGAUCCAGUAUAUGCAUGAUGGCUCGGAGGAGGUGGAGGACAGAGUGGUGCUGCAGGUUAAUGAUGGCCACAGCUACCAGAAUAUCCUGCUGCAAAUCCGAAUCACCCAGAAGGCCGUGGCUUCUCCUACUAUGCUGUCCCUGCCAAUGACUUGGGUGAAGGAGGGAGGCAUGGUGCGACUUGAUAAGAAGUAUCUGCAGACAAACUAUAAGGGAGUCGGCACUGAUGAUGUUGUCUACACAAUCCUUGCUUCAGAUGGGCAACCUAAAUAUGGUGAGGUGGUGCUGGUGACCAUGCCAGCAGACAGCCCAUCAGAAGGGUGGCGCCCCGCCCUCAGUGACGACCAAGGCUUCACACCAACAACGUCUUUCACCCAGCAGGAUGUGAAUGAUGGCACAGUCUGGUACCGGCACUUUGGUGUGGGCAGCGACAGCGACUCCUUCCAGUUCCAGGUCUCCUCGGAGAUGUCCCCAUUUGUACAAAGUGAUACCCAGACCUUCACCAUCGGAGUCCUUCCUCAGAUCCCAGGAUUCCCACAGCUGGCUCCUGACUGCGACCUGCAGAUCACGGCGCUGGAAGAUCGGGUGACAGAAAUAACACCUUCAGCUCUGUCCUUCAUCGACUCCGAGACUCCCAGCGAGAAGCUUGUUUACAACAUCACCAAACCCCUCCUGCCAGGACAAGGGGCCAUUGAGCAUCGGGACAGACCGUACACAGCAGUGAAGCAUUUCACUCAGGCCGAUGUAAAUAGUGGCAAGAUCAUUUACAGACCCCCACCGGCCCCAUCACACCUCCAGGAGCUCUACCAGUACUCCUUCAUCGGCCUGCCGGAGUCGCUGAGUGUUUAUUUCACAGUGUCUGACGGUGAACACACCACUCCUGAGCUGGACUUUGCUGUUUUGCUGCUUUCAAACCACCAGCAGCCGCCGGUGUUUCAAGUUCUUGACCCGCUGCUGGAGGUCAGGAUGGGAGGACAAGCUACUAUAGGUGGUCAGCAGCUGGCGGUGAGUGAUGCCGACACGGCUCCAGAUGAGCUGGAGUUUGAGCUCGUGGAACCUCCCAUCCAUGGAGAGCUGAUAAAGACUGACGACAGCACCAAGACCCGCAUGACUAAUGGCGACACUUUCACCUUCAGCGACAUCACUCGCAACAUUCUCCUCUACCGCCACGCUGGCCUCUCCACCCAAGAUGACGUCAUCUCUUUCUCAGUUAGCGAUGGGAUCUCCAUGGCAACCACAGCAGUGCAGGUGGUGGUGCUGGGCGAUGGGGGCGUCAGGCCACAACGGGACCCCCAAGCCACACUGUCUCUAGAAGUGGGCGAGAAAAGCAGCACGGUCAUCAGACGCUCGCACCUGGCUUAUAUUGAUGAUGCAUCUCCCGAUGGUCAGAUCCGCAUUCAGCUGGUGUCGGCGCCGAUGUACGGCAUGCUGACCAGGAGCCAGUCCCAGCAGGAUCCCGAGGAGCUGAGUGCAUACUCGUCCUUCACCAUGGAGGACAUCAACAUGCACAGGAUCAGGUACAUCACGUCCUUAGAGACAGGAAGUCAGGCGGUUACCGACAUCUUCUACUUCAUUGUCAGCGAUGAAGACAACAAUCGCCUUGAUAACGAGAUGUGUACAAUCACCAUCACCUCCACGCCUAAACAGCCACCGGUGGUCACUGUGCGUAGCGGCAUCAAGGUCCAGGAAGGCGGCCGUGUGCAGCUAUCUACCAAUCACAUCGCAGUGUCAGACGAGGACACGCCCAGAAAGGAUCUGCUGGUUUGGCUCGUCAAUCCUCCGAAAUACGGUUUCAUCGAAAACACCAACCGAGGCGGCUCGCUCGGCGGCUCGAGCAUCGUCACCCCGGAUGUGCCGUUCUCCAUGGAGGACCUCACGUCUGAUCACAUCUUCUACGUCCAGGACAGCGGGCUUAAAACUCCGGCCAGCCAGGACGUCUUCAGCUUCUACAUCAGCGAUGGCAGCAGCCAGACGGAGGCUUUCAACGUGGAAAUAGACAUCCAGAGUAAAGAGGACAGGGAGCCGAUGGUGUCAGUCAGCAGCAUCCACGUGGAGGAAAACUCUGGAGUCGUCAUCACCAACUCAUCUCUCAGCGUCCAUGAUGAGGACACACCAGAGAAUGAGAUCCUCUUCACUAUCAUCAGAAUCCCUACCUAUGGCAAACUUCGCAGACGUCAGUUCUACUCUCAGCCUCUGGAGAACGGCCGUGUCCUCACGCAGGGCUCCACCUUCACCUACCAGGACGUGUUGGAUCGGCUGCUGGUCUACACACCGCAGACUGUCAACGGAGGAACCGACGAGUUGGGCUUCACCCUCACCGAUGGCAUCUACACCCACACGGGCCGUCUGAAGUUCACCAUGGAUGUUCGGAAGAGUGAAGGACCUCGAAUGACGGUCAACAGAGGCUUGCAGCUUCCAGCAGGGUCAUCUUCUAAGAUCACAGAGCAGAACCUCAAGGGCUCAGACAUCGACUCGGACAGCGCCAAGCUGCGCUACCUCCUCACCAAAGACCCUCCAGUUGGCAAACUGCAGCUCAGCCGAAGCAGCCAUGUGGACAAGGUUUCUGUCAAAGGUCUGGUUCAGAGUUUCACUCAGGAGGACGUCAACAAAGGCCUGCUGCAGUACAGCCAUGAAAAGGGGGAGAAGGGAGGCAGCCUGUCAUUUAAGUUCAACCUGGUCGAUCCAGAGGGCAACAAACUGAUCGACCAGUCCUUCUUCAUCAGUGUGCUUGAGGACCGUCUUCCUCCGUCUGUGGUGGUAAACAAGGGCCUGGUGCUGGAUGAGAACUCCAUAAAGAAGCUGACCACGCUGCAGCUGUCGGCCAGCGACCAGGACAGCGAGCCGGGCGAGCUCAUCUAUCGUAUCACCAAGCAGACCAACCUGGGUCACCUCGAACACGCUGCCAGUCCAGGCACCAGAAUCAGCUCAUUCACCCAGGCUGACCUCGCAUCUCGCAGCGUCCAGUACAUCCACACCAGUGAAGAAGAGAAGCAUGCCGACCAGUUUUCCUUCACAGUGUCUGACGGAACAAACGAGGUUGCUCAAACUUUCUACAUCACCAUCAAACCAGUAGACGACUCGCUGCCCCUGCUGCAGGUCCCUGGGAUGAGGGUCCAGGAGGGCGUGAGGAAGACCAUCACUGAGUUUGAGCUGAAAGCCACAGAUGCAGACACGGAGGCGGACUCCAUCAUCUUCACCGUCGUCCAGCCUCCUCGCCACGGCACCAUCGAGCGCACCAACAACGGGCAGUACUACCGGCAGACCAGCAGCUUUACCAUGGACGAUAUCUACCAGAACCGCAUCAGCUACAACCACGACGGCUCCAACUCGCUCAAAGACCGCUUCACCUUCACCGUGGCCGACAGCACCAACCUGCUGUUCAUGGUGGAGGAGGCCGGCAAAGAGAUAGUGACAGCUGCUCCUCAGAAGUUCAAGAUAGAUAUCCUGCCAGUUGACGACGGGACACCACGAAUUGUCACCAACCUGGGACUGCAGUGGCUGGAAUACAUGGAUAACAAGGCCACUAACCUGAUCACCAAGAAGGAGCUGCUGACGAUGGACCCCGACACAGAUGAUGGACAGCUGGUGUAUGAAAUCACCACCGAGCCGAAGCACGGCUUCCUGGAGAGCAAACUCAAACCGGGGAGCCCCAUCACCACGUUCACCCAAGCUGAUGUCAAUCUGGGCCUGAUCCGCUACCAGCUGCAUCAAGAGAACAUCCAGGAGACCAUGGACAACUUCAAGUUCCUGGUAAAAGACAGCAAGCCGAACGUGGUCAACGACAACGUCUUCCACAUCCAGUGGUCUCUCAUCAGCUUUGAGCACAAGAGCUACAAUGUAAGUGAGAAAGCGGGAACAGUGGCUGUGACAGUGAAGCGAACAGGUAACCUCAACCAGUACGCCAUCGUGCUCUGCCGGACCGAACAGGGCAGCGCCACUUCCACCAGCAGCACCGGAUCUCGUCCCGGCCAGCAGGACUAUGUGGAAUAUGCCGGACAGGUGCAGUUUGACGAGCGUGAGGACACAAAGGUGUGUACCAUCCUCAUUAACGAUGACAAGGUGUUUGAGGGGAUUGAAAGCUUUCACGUGGAGCUGAGCAUGCCCGUGUAUGCGCUGCUGGGGGGGAACACGCGCGCCAUCGUCAACAUCAACGACACGGAGGACGAGCCCACCCUGCAGUUUGAUAAGAAGACCUACCACGUGAAUGAAAGCACCGGCUUCUUCCACGCCCCCGUCGAGAGGAAAGGUGACACCUCUAGCACCGUGUCAGCUCUCUGCUACACCGUGGCCAAGUCGGCUCAGGGCAGCAGCCUCCACGCUCUGGAGUCCGGCUCCGACUACAAGAGCCGAGGCAUGACCGGAGACAACCGCGUCAUCUUCGGUCCCGGCGUCAGCAUGUCCACCUGUGAUGUGAAACUCAUCGAUGACAGCGAGUAUGAACUGUCUGAGGAGUUCGAGCUGGUGCUGUCAGACGCCUCAGAUAACGCCCGCAUGGGGGACGUAUCUCUGGCCAAGGUAGUCAUCGAUGGACCCAAUGAUGCAUCGACGGUUUCAUUGGGAAACGCCACCUUUACUUUCAGUGAAGAUGCUGGUACAAUUGAAAUACCGGUGCUGCGUCAUGGCAGCGACCUGUCCUCUCUGACUUCAGUUUGGUGUGCCACCAGACCUUCAGACCCCCCCUCAGCCAGCCCAGGAAUUGACUAUAUCCCCAGCUCCAAGAAGGUGGAGUUUAAACCUGGAAAAACUGAGGAGACCUGUAGUUUGACAAUCAUGGACGACAUCCAGAAUCCAUCCAUUGAGGGAUCAGAGUCUUUUGUGGUGUUUCUCAGUUCUCCUCAGGGUGCUGUCCUUCAGGAACCUUAUGAAGCCAACGUUGUCAUUACUGACACCUUUCAGGACAUUCCCAGCAUGCAGUUUGAGAAGAGCACCUACACUGUGAAAGAGAAAGACAGCAUGCUCCACAUCCCCAUCAUCCGGACCGGUGACCUGUCCUUCAAGUCAUCUGUGCGGUGUUUCACUCGGACCAUGUCCGCUAUGGUCAUGGAUGACUUUGAGGAGAGAAGGAACGCAGAUGAGUCAAGCAUUACUUUCCUCAAAGGAGAGAAGGUGAAGAACUGCACCGUCCACAUCAACGAUGAUUCUGUUUUUGAACCUGAAGAGGAAUUCCAGGUGCAUCUUGGGACGCCCCUCGGGGACCACUGGAGCGGUGCCAUGGUGGGCACAAGCGACAUCGUUACAAUCACCAUCACCAAUGAUGAAGACGCUCCUACUAUCGAGUUCGAACAGGCUUCCUACCAGGUCAGAGAGCCUCCCGGUCCAGAUGGUGUGGAGGUGCUCAACAUCAAGGUCAUCCGCCGGGGUGAUCUGGAUCGAACAUCCAAGAUUCGUUGCAGCACCCGGGAUGGAUCGGCCCAGUCUGGCGUCGAUUACAAUCCUAAGAGCAGAGUGCUCAAGUUCACACCAGGAAUGGAUCACAUCUUGUUCAAAGUGGAGAUUUUAUCCAAUGAGGACAGGGAGUGGCAUGAAUCCUUUUCCUUGGUCCUUGGCCCUGAUGACCCUGUGGAGGCGGUGCUUGGCGAGAUCACUAUGGCAACAGUGACUAUUCUGGACCAGGAAGCUGCAGGCAGUCUCAUCCUCCCUGCUCCACCUAUUGUCGUCUCUCUGGCUGAUUACAACCACGUCCAGGAGGUGACCAAAGAGGGCAGUAAGAAGACCCCCUCUCCAGGUUACCCUCUGGUAUGCGUCACUCCCUGUGACCCUCACUACCCCAAGUACUCUGUGAUGAAGGAGAGAUGUGAGGAGGCGGGAAUCAACCAGACCCAAGUCCACUUCUCAUGGGAGGUAGCGGCCCCCACAGACGCCAGCGGUGCCAGGUCUCCAUUUGAGACUGUGACCGACACCACCCCGUACACCAGUGUCAAUCGUAUGGUUCUGGAUAGUAUUUAUUUCAGCCGGCGCUUCCAUGUCCGCUGCGUGGCUCAGGCCCGUGAUAAAGCCGGUCAUCUUGGAACUCCACUUAGGAGCAACAUCGCCACCAUCGGCACCGAUGGCGCCAUCUGCCAUACGCCUGUUACCACGGGAACCGCUAGAGGUUUCCAGGCCCAGUCCUUCAUCGCCACAUUAAAAUACCUGGACGUCAAACACAAAGAGCACCCCAACCGUAUCCACAUAUCGGUGCAGAUCCCCCAUCAGGAUGGUAUGCUCCCCCUGGUGUCCACCAUGCCGCUGCACAACCUGCACUUCCUGCUGUCAGAGUCCAUCUAUAGGCAACAGCACGUCUGCUCCAACCUGGUCACCCUCAAAGAGCUGAAAGGGGUUUCCGAGUCGGGCUUCCUAGAUGACGUAUCUUAUGACAGCAUCUCUCUGGGACCGGGAUACGACCGCCCAUACCAGUUUAACCCCAACGUCCGCGAGGCCAAAACCAUCCAGCUCUACAAGCAUCUGAACCUCAAAAGCUGCAUCUGGACCUUUGACGCCUACUACGACAUGACUGAGCUCAUUGACAUCUGCGGGGGCUCUGUCACCGCCGACUUUCAGGUUCGGGACUCGGCACAGUCCUUCCUGACUGUGCAGGUUCCUCUGUACGUGUCCUACAUCUAUGUGACGGCCCCGAGAGGCUGGGCCUCCCUGGAGCAUCAUACUGAGAUGGAGUUCUCUUUCUUCUACGACACGGUGCUGUGGAGGACAGGCAUUCAGACGGACAGCGUCCUCUCUGCCAGGCUGCAGAUCAUCAGGAUCUUCAUCAGAGAGGAUGGACGGCUGGUGAUUGAGUUUAAAACUCACGCUAAGUUCAGAGGUCAGUUUGUUCUGGAGCAUCACACUCUGCCGGGCCACAAGUCCCGUCUGAUGGCUCCUGACCACCUGGGAGGCAUCGAGUUUGACAUGCAGCUUCUGUGGAGCGCUCAGACCUUCGACUCCCCGUACCAGCUGUGGAGGGCCACAAGCUCCUACAGCAGGAAGGACUACUCUGGAGAAUACACCGUCUUCUUGAUCCCCUGCACCGUGCAGCCCACUCAGCCCUGGAUCGACCCUGGUGACAAACCUCUGUCCUGCACGGCUCACGCUCCAGAAAAGUUCCUGGUGCCAAUUGCCUUCCAGCAGACCAACAGACCCGUUCCUGUGGUUUACUCCCUCAACACGGAGUUUCAGCUGUGCAACAAUGAGAAGGUUUUCCUGAUGGACCCGUCCACCGCUGACGUCUCCAUGGCUGAGAUGGACUAUAAAGGAGCAUUCUCCAUGGGUCAGACUCUGUAUGGCAGAGUGCUGUGGAACCCGGACCAAAACCUGAAUGCAGCCUACAGACUGCAGCUGGAGAAGGUUUACCUGUGCACUGGCAGGGAUGGCUACGUCCCCUUCUUUGAUCCCACGGGGACUUUAUACAAUGAGGGGCCACAGUAUGGCUGUAUCCAACCCAACAAACACCUCAAACAUCGCUUCCUGCUGCUGGAUCGGAAACAGCCAGAUGUAUGCAACAAGUUUUUCCACGAUGUUCCCUUUGAAGCUGAUUUUGCCUCAGACAUCCCAGAACUGCAGUCCAUGACGGCCAUGCCAGGCGUGGACGGCUUCACGAUGAAGGUUGAUGCUCUGUACAAGGUGGAGGCGGGGCAUCAGUGGUACCUGCAGGUGAUCUACGUGAUCAGCCCAGAGUCACGCUCCAGCCCCAGGGUCCAGCGCUCGCUGACGUAUCAGCUGAGCCGCUCCAAACGUGACCUGGUGGAUCGCAGCGGUCGCCUGACGCUCGACGAGUCACUCAUCUACGACAAUGAAGGCGAUCAGGUGAAGAACGGCACCAACAUGAAGUCGCUUCGCCUCGAAGUCGGCCCCUCCGCCACCUUUAACGCCCACGUGGGCAGUUCUGUCGGCGGCGGUGUGGCCGCCAUCACCCUGCUGGUCCUGGUCCUGCUGGCCUCCUGCUUCCUGUUCCGCCGCUGCCAACGCGCCUUCACCACGAAGAAGAGCAAGAGCUCUGCGAAAAUCUACGAGGAGUACCCGCUCAACACCAAGGUGGAGGUGUGCAUGGACAAGUGUGUGGAGAAGAACUUCGGCACCGGGCACUGCACGGUGAGGAACAUCAACAUCAACCGCAACCAGGAGCCCCACGACAAGACCAAAGUGAAGCAAGUCAACCUGGAGGUGAAACUCCACAACAACCUCAACGACGGCACGGAGGUCUGAAAGCCUGACAAGGAAGAGGAGGAAGAUCAAUAAUAAAAAAAAAGGUAUUUUCUAAAAGAAAGUUUGUACUUAAUGUAACAAAAUGUUUGUUAAUGUAUUUUUAUAUCACAUUUAGAAGAACAAAUGGGAAGUGGUCAACCUCAGGAACAGCUCAGCUGGGUUUAACAGCCAAAACAUCUGCAUCUAAUUGUCCAAACACUUCAUUUCAGUUUUACUUGACAUUUAUGUAACUUUUAGCACCAAAAUGGUGAACGGUAGCUCAGACACUGGUGAUUGUUGGAACAAAACGUACUUUUCUCUGCUGCAUCAAGUCAUUUCACUGCUUUAAAUGUUGCUACUGUGUGGAGUAGUAGCUCAUGUGGAAGGAUUUUUCUGCGGUUACACUUCAGAAAUACAAGUAAGAAGAAUUUUUGACCACUUCUGCAUCAGCUACAGCUGCUUCUAACUCCUGUUGAAAGUAUUAAGCACAAACAGUGUGUUACAUGUAAAUAACAAAAGUGAAUGGUACCAUUAAGUGCAAUUAUGUCAUAUCCCGUUAUCCCUCCUUCAUGGCCAGGAGCUUUGUUAGAACUUAAAAAAUUGUAUUUCAAGCCUUACUUUGAGACAUUUGUACUGUCAUGUUGAACAGAGGUCAGAUUUUUGUGUUUUUACUGUAUUCUGACAGCUGCCAAUUCUAAGUGCCAUGCAGUAUUUUUGGUUUUAAUGCAACUCAAAGCAAAUCAUCCAAAGUAUUUCUCUUUUGAAGUGUGAAAGUGUAAAUCUCCAUGCAAUUGUAUUAAAUAAGACGCAAAAGAUCCUGUCCACCUGACUGCUUUUUAGCCUUACUACUGUUCUAAUGGAAAUAAUUCUUAACAAAAGUGAUAUAUUUUCUGUUUCUGCCUGCCUUUGUUGUGUCCAAAGACACACAAUCUCCUCAUUUUGCAUCUCGCUCAUAUUUUUGGGUUCAUGUAUGUAUUGUUACCCUCAUGUGAUGUAUUAUGUUACAGCCACUGAUGUACUCAUGAUAAUAAAGCCACUGUUUUUUUUUUGUUUGUUUGUUUGUUUGUUUUUUGUGUAUGACACUGGUUGGAGAGCACUGCAAAAGAAAGAAAAUCUUUGUACUCGUAUGAGAUGUUGACAUGUAUCUUCUCUAAUCCCACCUUCUAUUUUAACUGUGUGCCUAUUAAACAAGAGAAUGAGUUGUUGUGGGAAAUAUAAUUAUAUUUUUGGUGCUAUCAUUUUGUCGGGGAAAAAAAACAAAAGAACAACGCUAUCAGUAUAAUGCCUGUAUUUGGUGCCUUUUUUUGUAAUAAAAGAAAUCUGA